AUGCCUCUUGUGACAUACCGCGGCCGACGCACAAAGAAGGUCGUGGCCGAUGAUGAUCCUGACAAGACGCCAACGCAGCCUCCUCUCAAGAUGCCAGUGAUGCCGGAUAUCAAACCCCUGGAUGAGCUCGAUGCCUGCGAGCUUUCGGCUUCAGGGCCCAGGGUCACGGUUCGGGAGGCUCCAGUAAAGGAUGCCGCAGACUACGAGGACUUUCCUCUCUUUGAAGAUAUAGAAAUGGGUAAUAAGUGUGAGACGGAGCAGGUGGACAAAGAGGAGGUCAAAGAGAGUGUCACCGGCGCUAUCACUAUCGUGGAAAAGCAAGUCGACGAAGCAGAUGAAACAGAUGAAGCGAAGGAGCCUGAAGAGGAGGAUGUCGAAGGAGCAGCAGCAGCAGAACAGACGAGGGCCUCCGACUAUCCUGCUGGCGGCCUGCGCGCAGUCCUGGCCGGCCUCUGCACCCCCCUUGGCCUGGCUCUCGCCUCCCUUUUCGCGGUCCAGAUCCUGUGGAUGAUAUUCGAAUUCACCAUCUGGCAACUUCGCACGUCCUACCUGGCUACGAUCAAGGACGGCGUAGGCGACCGGCUCAUCAACGUCAACUCCUCGAUCCUGAACUCGCCCUGCUUCCGCUCCGCUGGCUGGUCGGCCACCGCGGACCCCAACGCCGCCCAUAUCAAGCGGACACACUCGCCUCCCAUACCCACGGCGACGACGGUGGGCGAGCAGUACGCCGGCUCCCAGAGUACUGCGCGGCGAGGGAACGGGCCUAGCAACGGGAAUACUGAAGUUAUUACGAGAGAGGGUAGCUAUGCAGGCGAAGAUACGCUACAGCUUGGGAACAGGCGAGGGACAGCGGCAGAUGAAGAGGAUGAAGAAGAGAUUACGCUGAACACGGAGGGGGUUACGGGCCUGGGAUUUGCGAAUGUUAUGCGCCAGACGUACAAGAAGAAGAGCAGCAGGACAGACCUGCGACGGAGAGGCGGGCAUAAGAGCUCGAGGCCGCCUGGUACGCCGGGUGAAGCGGAGGAGGAUAGCAGCGAUCUCAGCGAUGAGAGCGAUGAAGAGACCUCCAGACAGCGGGCGAUGAACCAGAUACAGUUUACGAAGAUGCCUGUUCGACACCGGGCGGACUCGUCGCCCAUCAGAGGCUCAGAGCAGCAAGGCGGCCCCCGGGUGCUGAUAACUUCGCCGUCUCUACGAUCAGUCGACAACCGGUUCCGGAGAAGCUCGUUAGGGGCCGUAGAAGCCAUCAAAUCUCGAGCUAGACGAGACACAACUACGAGCAGUGACAUGUCCUCUGAUAUUGAACUAGAUCCGGAAGCCAUGAAGCGGCGGCAAAUACAGUUCUCCAAACAUGAGAACGAGACGUUUGUUCCGAGGGAAGAAGACGAAGACGCAGAGAGUGAAAAGCUGGAGGAAGAAGUCGAGUUGGAGGCCGCGAUGGCGAAUGGACGCCUGGGGGCACGAAGAGGAGACCAUGAGCAUGACGAUGACUCUAUUGCCGGUUCCGUUGAGUCUGCUAUAUCUUCAGACUUUGGGCAUACAGCUGGUUCAGGGUCGCUACUUGGCCGGGCUGGCCUUGGUGUAUCGUCACCGUUGAUAUUGAACAAGAUACCCAAAUCAGGCGGCAGCGGGAAUGCAGGACCGUCUACAACAUCGGUUACAGCGUCAGGGGCAGUGCCAACUACAUCAACAACAUCGCCGAGAAAGGACAGAGAUGCAGCAGGGACGGGGGUGCUGCCUAGAUUGCCUGCAGCACAGGCUAUUGCGCCCUCAGAGCCCGUCAGCCUGCUGUCCAACAUGCUGAAUGCACGGAAAAAGGCGCCUGAGAACCCGAUGGAGAAGUAUGCAGCACUGUCGGGCAAAGGAUCGUCAGCUACACCGCUGUACAUCAAGCUGUAUACACCCUGUGCUGAAGACCCGGAAGAGCCUAUGGACAUGCCCCUGACCAAGGACACCAAAGACGGUGACCACUCGCGGCCCGUCACUGUUGCAGAGGCCAUCGGGCUUGCCCUCUGGCGGUAUACAGACGACAAGAUCAAGCCAGCCAUCGACGUAUCGAAGCUGGGAGUGAACUACUGGAAUCUACGCAUGGUGGAAGACGGCGAAGUUGACUAUGAUUUCCCACCGCUGGCCAGGAAACGGCCGAUCACAGAUUUUACAUCAAACAACAACCGGGCAGCCGGCUUCAGGGGACGAUCAAGAAGCAAACCGUAUGAUGAGUUCGCGCUGGUUGAAGCCUCGCCGUCAGAGUUUGCUGAGAACGAGGCUGCUUGCCCCGGAGACAGCGUAGCGGUGCAAGAAGCCGCCACGCCCACAGCUGCUGCACCAUCAGCCGAAACAGGAGGAAAUACGGGAGCACAAGGGGGAGCGUCAGCUGCGCCCGGUCUGCCGGCAAACCACAUCAAGGUCGCUAUCGGCGGACGCAUGAACCCGAUCCUAGGCCAUCCGUUCAGCUCUGCGCUUCACGACAGCUCGCUGCGGCCAGCCGACCUGCCAGCCAUCCCUACGAUGCAGGCUACGCCUCGCCUGGGCGUAUCGACGCAGCUGAAGGUGCGAUAUAUCGACCUGGAGGCGUCGACACGUACUACGACGCUCAACACGUCGACGGACAGCUACAUCGCCGAGAUCCUGGACUCGGUAUGCAAGAAAUGGCAGCUCGACAAGGGCAACUACCUCCUCAAGAUCAUGAACACCAACACCGUCGCACCGCUGGACCGCACUGUCGAAGCCUUGGGGACCAACACAGACCUCGACCUGAUCCGCCGUCGCUUCGGUGCAGGCCCCUUAUCCCUCAUGGGCUCGCCGGGCAGCUCGUCCCCCAGCGCUCCCUUGCUGGUCGACACCAACACCCAGGGAGCAUCGAAGAAGAGCAAGAAGAGCGCUGCUUCACGCAUGCUGCAUCCUCUCUCGCAGAAACAAGACGUUAUCGUCGGCGGCUACUACAAGCGCUACAAUGUUAUCCGCAAACAGUCCAUGUCCUUCACUACGUCCAGCCAGCGCGUGCUAGCGUUUGACAACGACUACAUGCACAUCAUGCCGGCAGAGACGGGCAAGACGCUGUUCGAGGCAAACAGUAAGACGACGUCGAUCUCGUUCUGUGAUGUUAUCGGCUCGAAGGUGAGCAGGAGGCAUCCGAAGAGCUUCCGGUUUGUGGUCGUCAGGGGCGCGGAUGCGACGGAGCAGAAGAGGUACGACUUCGAGGCCAGGAAUGCAGUUGAAGCCAUUGAGAUUGUCGAUGAGAUCAAGAAGAACAUGGCCCACUACAGGCUGUGA